AGAAAACUCCUGUUUGAGUAUGUAUUUAUAUAUCUGAAGCCCAGUGGGUUAUCAUAAGUUCAGUAAAGGUCGUUGCUAAAAAGCCCCGGAAUUUCCGAGAGUCGACAAUACAUCGGAAAUCCUGCCUACUACACCAACAAGUUUCUUUUUCACAGUUAUUACACACGAAAGUGACGUGACUAGUCAAGCGGUGGCGGCUUUGGGACAGGGAAGCUUCCGCUUCUUAAAGCACGAAGUGAGAAGACGGGCUUUUUUCUCCCAGCGACUUUCAUUACUUGUUAACCGUCUUUAUCACCGGACCGUUAAGCUAGGCUACAAGGCACGAUGUUUUUAUAUAAAGGGAUUUUUGCUUUGGCUUUCUUUAACUUUCUCAACGACAUCCAUGUGUCCGGCUGUGAUACAAAUUGUAUGGAUAAACCAAAGUUUACCCCAUCCACCCUGGUGGUGAAGUAUGGUGAUCGGGCAUCUGCCAUCUGCACCGUAUGUGAGCGUGACUGUCUCAACCAGUUAUUUGAUUUAGAGCGUUCUGUGGGAUCCAGAACUAAAAACGGAACCACUAUUACAUGGACGAUUGACAGCCUGACCGAAUGGGAUCUAUCUCUCCAAUGCUAUUAUAAUACUGAAUCUAAUGACCAGUGUUGUAGCAUCCUGCCUUUCACUCUCUACAAGCCUCCGGAUAUGGUGUCGUUUAGUUUUAGUAACCACACCGGGCCGCUGUUAGAGUCUAAACUCUACACUAUGGAGUGUAAUGUAAAGAAUGUUGCUCCUAUUGAAAACGUCACUGCAGUCUUCUACAGAGGGGAUAACGCAUUUGCCUGGGUUACUGUCAAAGAUUUAAAGAAUAUUAAACCAGUGGAUCACAUCUUUACACAUGAAAUUAUCCCCAUGAGAUAUGAAGAAGGAGCUGUUUACUGGUGUUCUGCAGAGCUUAAUCUGGGAAGUGAAGGACCACAGCCCCCUCCAGAGGUCAUGUCACAGAAGAUGCCUACCACUGUUUACUAUAAGCCUGAGCUGGGCACGCCAGGAUUUCCAGAGAUGAAAGACGCUGUUGAAGGAGACAAGCUGGAACUGAACUGCACGUGUAUCGGUAACCCCACCCCCUCUUACAACUGGACCCAUUCAUCAGGGAGACCCUUCCCCUUCACAGGCAGUAUCCUCAUUAUUGACUCUGCAACUACUGAAGAUAGUGGCAGGUUCACCUGCAGGGCCAGCAACAGCGUUGGGAGUGUCAGAGUGGAGUUUGAUGUCAAUGUCCGAGUCAACUACACCAUUUACAUCAUUGUAGGAAUUGUCGCCGGGCUUGUUCUGCUUGUUGUGAUUGCGACUAUCAUCUACAGACGCUACUACAAAAAGACACGAAUGGGACAGUACAACCUGAAAGAAGUUUUCGGCUUACGCCCUCGACAUGCCCCCAUUCCGAAUGUAGAGUAAGUGGAUGGGAAAGCUUUUGAUAUGCUUGGACAACCAUGGACCAGUAGCUUUGUUGAAGCAACAGUGUAAGUGAAGAGGCUCAUCCGUGGCCUAAAGCAACCAUGAACCUCUACUUACACCUCAUGAGAGUGAGGUGAAGACCUUUGCUGUACCCACUUGGUCAUUUCAAGUCAUCUCUCUACUGGUGCUGUCAUUAAAAUGCCCAAAGAAGUUUUGAGUCAGCCUGUGUGGCAAUAAUGGAUGGAAGAAGUCAAUUUCUGUCUUUUUUUCUUAAAUAUAAACUUAAUUUUCUAUGGAAAUCACUUUUUAAGAAGGGAUGUUUACUGCUUAGAUUGUUUUAUAAAAUUGUGCCUGGUGUUAUAUUCUCUAGCUUUAUGGCUCAUAUUUUUUUGUCCUAUUUUCUGGAUGGUUAUGCUUUAUUUUUAUGUGCCAGUCUUUUGUCCUGUUUGAAGUUCUCGGCUAUUUUUGAAUGAAGAAACCAGAGGCUUACAUGAUUUCAUCUUUUUAAAAUACUCAGUAUCCAUUUAUCUUAGUUGCUGAAAGCUUUACAUUCAUUAUGUAUGUAUAUAUAUAUAUAUAUAUAUAUAUAUAUAUAUAUAUAUUUUUUUUUUUUUUUUUUUUUUUUUUUUUUUAAUCAAAUAAACAUGGUGACAUUAUGAGCAGGGGUGUUCAGACAGCAGCACUUGGGCCAACUCUGUCAUGUGGUCCAUUUUCAAUUUGCCCCAAGCAAAUUUAGAAAAUAAAAUGAAAUAUGGCCUUCAUUGAAGGUUACAACAAACAAUGGUCACAACUUUCAACAUUAAAAAGUGAAAAUUUGUAUUAUGUGGGAAGUUAUUACAUUUUCAGGUGUAACACUGUCAAAAUGAUAUUUUCCCAUAUGUAACCCUCAGUGACAAAAGCUUAGGCACCCCCUAUGUAAAAAUCCAUGCUGUCAUUUUUUAAGGUUAUUUAAGCUGUACAGAUGAUAUGAUGAGAGGUUAGUUGUGCACUGAAUCACAUGCUUCUGCUAAAUACUAAUAUUUUGAGUGUGUAAGAAGUGUUCACACUGAAAAGAUUACUGAAAUACAGUGUACUACUGGUGCACUCAAAACGGUCCACUCUUAAAGACCCUGUAAAGUGAAAUCCAAAGUUUUUGUCUUAACUCACUCUAUCUGUUGGAAUAUGGUUGUUAAAAUUUCUUAAAGGAUUUCCUUGUUAUCUUGGGUAAAGCAGCUUCAUUCCCAACAAAAUAGAGAUAAAUAGGUAGAAAUCUUGAGAAAAAAAUGAAUUUUACUCGUAACCAUAGGAAAACAUUAAAAAAAUAUGUGUAUGAAUUUACUGUAUGUCCACUUAGGACUUAUGUAGAUUGGGGUCUGUCACAUUUUCCUUCCCUGGCAUACAUUCGCAGCCCACUAGAAAGAGCUUCCCGACCCACAUUUGGGUCCCGGACCCACCAGUUGAGAAGCACUGGUUUAACGAGUCAGUGUUGUGUUUUGCAUAUUUGGCCAUAUUGGCUUCAACAUAAAGUGGUGGAUUCUUGCUGUAUUGUUUUCGCUGUAUCACUGAGAAGGACCUUACGACGGAGUAUUAGGGCCACAUGAAGAGGAAAAAAAAAAGUUAAAAAAUAAUUUGACAUUACGAGAAUGAAGUCGUAAUAUUACAAGAAUAAAGUCGUAAUAUUACAAGAAACACACUCUGCUGGGGCGCCGCGCAUCUACGACGGAGUAUUGUCCUGAUUCUGAUAAUAAUUUUAUGCUGAUGUGCCAUAAGAUGAAGUAUUUCCUUAUUUGUUAAAAACGAUACUAAAGUAGCUUCCCAAGAUGCUCAACAUUGCUCAUUUUAACAGAGGCAGCGCCAUGGCAGACUCUCUUUAUGUAAUAUUUAAUUCUUUAUUAUUACGACUUUUUUCUCGUUAUAUUACGACUUUAUUCUCGUAAUGUCAAAAAUAUAUAUAUAUAUAUAUUUUUUUUUUUUAUUAUUAUUUUUUUUUUUUUUCUCAGUUUGGCCCUAAUACUCCGUCGUAGGACCAUUUGAGCUUGUAAUUAUGUGGAAUUAUAUAUUGUAGGCUUGUUCUAACCCACAGCUACCUACUGAGAAUUUAUUUGUCUGUGUACUUGUGUGUUUAUUUUGUGCUGAACUUUUACUGUGUUGAUGAUGUGCAAGCGUGAUGGCACUGAAACGAAUCCAUACAAGCAAAAUGUGUAUUAUACUAAGGUGCAAAACGGAAAGUGUAAAUUUGAAUGAAUAAAACACUUUGUAAAAACA